GCUUUUUUUUUUAGUUCUCCGUCUUGUUAUUCAUCAUUUUAAUUGAUCAAUUGCAUGGGGAAUUUAACAGUGACGCUCUUCAGGUGUUUACUGAGGAAUGUGGGGGUGGUAAUUCGCUGAUAAUUAGAUAAUAUUGGACAGGAAAACAGCUGCCACGUGCGUUGUUCCCAAUCGGUAAACCGCUUGCUGUUGCUUUCCUUCGGCGGUUUAUAAGGAAAACUGUGCCUUACCUUGUAGGAAUCAUAUUUGUGAAGGUUUCUUAUGUGGAGAUCUAAUAGGAAAUAAUCCCUGAAUAAGGAUUUCCGACGAGGAAAAUUUCAGACACACGGACAAGUGGAGACGCCCAGUGGCGGCGAAGAGCGAUGUAGUGACAUUUCGUAAAAUUGUAAACAGAAGUGGGAGUAUUUUUCUCUCUACAUAUUUUCUAAAUUUUCUCUAAGAAAAUGGCUUCGUUGAAUAAUACAGUUGAAAUAGAGUGCAAGCUAGAGAAGGAAAAGGCAAACUUAGCCCUUCUUCAUACACGAGUGGAAAACUAUCAGGACCUUACGAAAUCCAUGUCCACGAUUCUAAAUUCCUUCGAGCAGCGUCUCGGGAGGCUCGAACAGACCGUAUUGCCGGUGUAUCACGAAACUGAGCACUUGCAGAAGAGACAGCAGAACCUGGAUGCCACGCUGCAGUGUCUAGAAAGUGUUCUUAUGCACUAUGACGCCUCUCAAGAGGUGUGCAAUUUGAUCCACUUGGGGCCAAAUGAGGGCGAUGUGGCCACAUUUUUGGAUGCCCUAGAUCGCCUCAAAGCCGCCAAGGAUUACUUCCUGAACAAUAACUCACAGAGUGUUGAGCUGGACAAUGUCACGAGUCUCUUCAACACCGGUUGCGAGUCUCUGAAUAACCACUUCAAGGCGUUGCUGAGAAAGCACUGCAGUCCCAUGAAGCCUGUAGAUUUGCUGGAUUUGAUCUACAUUGAGGAGGACUCGUCCAAUGAGGACUGUCCCAGUAUUAAGCAACUUCCGCCAACUGCCAGGGAGGAGUUGAAAAUCGUGGCGGCGUGGCUGGAAAACAACCUGAGGCGCGAAUAUGUGGGAAUUUAUGCUGACGAGCGGUCGGACGUGGUGUUCAGAUCUCUGGCGAUGCUGAAGGAUCAUCAGAAGAGCGGAAGUUGGGGCAGUGAGCCGCUGAAAGUGAGAUAUCAUGGGAAGCCUGAGCCGAGGAAAUCCACAUCGGCAAGGCUGCAGCAGAUUUUCGAGCGCAAGGCUAAUAAAAUGCUGUUAAAAGCUUCCCAGACAAUUGAGCAAAGUCGUUUUGCCAUCCGAAAGAACUCUGCGUAUGGAGACAAUCUCACCACUGAUGAUCAUGUUGGAGAUGGAGAUCAAGAUUUAGAGAAAUAUCUCGUUCUUCUGCUAGGGCUUCAGCGUCUUCUGAUUUGGGAGCGACAGAUAUUGGCCGAUGUGAUUCCCAGUUCACGCCUUGGAGAGGUUUUCUCUCGCUUAGCAUCCACUUCAAUUGAGAUGGUGGUAAAAGAUGCUGAGAGCAUCACAACUAAGGUGUUGAGAAGCAUCGCCAGAAAGGAUUGGACAGCUGCUUUGGGCGUUUUCUCGGCUCUGAAGCAUGUCAUCCUCAUGCAACCGGACAUUGAGAAGCUUUGCGACACGAGUCAGCGUCAUCAGCUGGCAAUGGUGCUGCAGAAACUGCAGAGCACCGGAGCAAAAGCUUUGGAACAGUUUCUGGAUCUUGUGAGAGGUGAUACAGGAACAAAUCUCGUGGCAAUGAGUUCCAGUACAAUCUCGGGAUCAGGAAAUGUGCCGAGAGAUGCAACAGUGCAUGAAUUGACUAGCAAUUCCAUCUGGUUUGUUGAGCAUCUCUAUGAACAUGCAGAUGUUAUUGGUGGAAUUCUCCAGACGGACUCAUUUUACGCCAGUCAAUUGGAUUCCAUCGCACUCCACAAGUCGCUGUCACCUGAGGAUCGUCGGCGAGCUUUGCUUGGACUCUACAUCAAGCGAAUUCUGUCUGAGCUCAAUCUGACCAUCGUCUCCAAGUGUGAACAGUACAGCGACGUGGCCACGAGACAUCUCUUCCGUUUGAACAACAUUCAUUACAUUCUAAAAUCGCUUCAGAGAUCAAAUCUCUUGGAGCUUCUCUCCGUCACUGAGCCAGAGUGUGAGAAAAACUAUCAGGAUCUCAUUCAAGACUUAAAGAAUUCGUAUCAGCGAUCUUGGCAGCGCAUUCUGGCACACAUUUCCCCUCUUGAGGAUCUUCCCAGACCAGCAGCUGGAAAGGUGCGUGACAAGGAGCGUGCAGUGAUCAAGGAGCGCUUCGCCAACUUCAAUAAGGAUCUGGAGGAGGCGUGGAAGACUCAGCGUGGUAUUUCCGUGCCAGAUGUGAUCUUGAGAGAAGGAUUGAAGAGAGACAAUUCGGAGACAUUGAUCCCACAGUAUAAUGCCUUCUUUGAGACCUUUGCAGAUGUGCAGUUCAGCAAGAAUCCUGAGAAGUACGUGAAGUACAAGCCUCAGGAUGUCACAAGGAUGCUGAACAGUCUCUUUGAUGACACUGUCUAAAGUGAGAG